UCGACUUAGCCUGCUAAUAUGACAACGAGGAACUUCUGACAGCAUGGCGGCGAAACUCCUUUUGAGUUUGUUAUUCGCUUCUGUGGUCCUGACAGCUGCCUCGCACAGGCACGGCCAUGAUGUUUCCACCGAAGACCCCGAGCUGAUCGAGACGCAUGACAACACCACACACCAUGGGAAGGACCGCGGAGGCUGGUCGCAGUGGAGCGAGUGGUCCCUCUGUUCCCGGACCUGCGACGGAGGAGUCUCCCGGCAGCUGAGGACCUGCUCCUCCCCCGCUGGCUGUAGGGGGGAACCCGUGCGGUACAAGAUUUGUAACAUGCAGCCAUGCCGUGGCAACAUAUCCCUCCUUGAAGAAGACAUCUGGCGAGAACAGCAGUGCAGUGCCCAUGAUAGCACCCCGUAUGGUGGAGAACUGUUCCAUUGGACAGCUCAUAGAGAUGAUGCUGAACCCUGCGCGUUGACUUGCAGAGGCACUCCUCAGCAUUCUGGGCAGAGUAUUGAGCCGACGGUGUCACUGGACGAAGAAGACCGAGUGGUGGUGGCUGUGCUGGCAGCGAGGGUGUCCGACGGCACCAGAUGCAGACCAGGCAGCCUGGACAUGUGCAUAGAUGGGCGGUGUCAGCCAUGCCGUGGCAACAUAUCCCUCCUUGAAGAAGACAUCUGGCGAGAACAGCAGUGCAGUGCCCAUGAUAGCACCCCGUAUGGUGGAGAACUGUUCCAUUGGACAGCUCAUAGAGAUGAUGCUGAACCCUGCGCGUUGACUUGCAGAGGCACUCCUCAGCAUUCUGGGCAGAGUAUUGAGCCGACGGUGUCACUGGACGAAGAAGACCGCGUGGUGGUGGCUGUGCUGGCAGCGAGGGUGUCCGACGGCACCAGAUGCAGACCAGGCAGCCUGGACAUGUGCAUAGAUGGGCGGUGUCAGCGCGUCGGUUGCGACUUGCGGGUCGGAUCGACCCGACGGGUGGACGAGUGCGGCGUCUGCGGUGGAGACGGGUCUACGUGCUCCCGCCCUCGUUACCAUUGGUUGGCCACGCCGGGCUCGCUGUGCUCGGCUACCUGCGGUGGAGGCUACAAGAUGUCGCUAGCAGUGUGCCGCGACCGGCUGACCGGGUCGGAUGCGCCGACGCAACUCUGCGACGCGUCGAGCAAGCCGCAGGCGUCGGUCGUCAGGUGUAACACGCACCCUUGUCCUUACAAGUGGUACGUCGGCGAGUGGUCAUCGUGCAGCGUGUCGUGCGGCGGCGGCGAGCGCACGCGCCGCGUGCUAUGCGCGCGCUCUGCUAACGUCACGCGGGCCGACACUUACGAGCCUGGAUCAAGCUCAGAGCCAGGCUGCGUGUCUCCAGCCCCCAGGUCCACCCAGCCGUGCAACCAGCACGACUGUCCCACCUGGGUGGCCGGACCUUGGUCUGGGUGCUCAGUAUCCUGCGGCGAGGGUGUCCAAGUCCGAGGAGUGGAGUGCACUCCAGCCGGUGGUGGCUGCGACCCCGCCAACAGGCCUGAGAUAUCCCGCCCCUGCUCUACUGGCAUCAGCUGUCCAUCCUACAGGAUAGAAUCAGAUGCUCCAGAGGAUGACAUCGAAGACCUUCUCCCAGGGGUGGUGUACCACACGCAGCCCCUCAUCCAGCCAUACCCUCCGCCCCAGGCCAAAGCGGAGAGGCUCAUAGGAGAGCCCGACGUACCGGUUGAGGCCACCUACAUCAAGGAUGAUGAAUGGGGCCCCUGCAGUGUGACGUGCGGUGAAGGUUGGAGGAAGAAAGAAGUUCACUGCAAGAUUUUUCUAGAAUUUUCUAGAACUAUAGCGAAGCUUCCAGAUAGUAAGUGUAUGGGGCCGAAGCCAGCGGAAGAGACGGAGAGAUGCGUGAUGGAACCGUGUUCCAUGGCGUAUGGGACCUCGUUUGGAGAUUCCAGUGUGCCCUCGUACGACCGAGGGGGUGACAGGUCGCUGAUCUUCGGAACAUCAAGCAACAUCAGGGUAGCCCCAGGGUCUCCGGGCAAGUCGUACUCCUGGAAGGAGAAGGGAUACACCAGCUGCAGUGCCUCUUGCCUCAGUGGGGUUCAGGAGCUGAUAAUCCAAUGCGUCCGUGACGAAGACGGCAAGAACGCUUCCCCCUACAUGUGCGACCCGCUGACCAAGCCUGAAAACAGAGUGAGGACCUGCAAUGACCACCCCUGCCCACCGAGAUGGAACUACACCGAGUUUUCUCAAUGCACGAAGUCGUGCGGCAUCGGAAUACAAACCAGGGAGGUGACGUGCAUACACGAGGUGACGAGAGGAGGCACGAACACAGUGGUGGUGCCAAACAGCAUGUGUCCCCAGCCUCCCCCGCCGGACCGGCAGUACUGCAACGUGCUGGACUGCCCCGUGCGCUGGCAGACCGGCGAGUGGACCAAGUGCUCCAAGACCUGCGGCGGCGGCCUCAAGCAGAGAGAGGUGGAUUGCAAGCAAGUGAUGGCACAGUCCCACGUCGUAGAGAGACCGGCCUCACUCUGCAGCUCUCCUCGGCCUGCCUCCACCAAGUCGUGCAACACCAGGCCUUGUCUCCUGGACACUGCUUCUCCAGAGAUAUCUUUGGCCAACUCGUCGUAUAUACAGCAUGAUCCAAAGAAGAAAAAGGUGACAGUAAAAGUGGGGGGUUCAGCGACGAUUUUCUACGGGACGCAAGUGAAGAUCAAGUGUCCGGUCAAGGGCUACAACAGGACCAAGAUCCAGUGGGCGAAGGACCAUCAGAUCAUCACCAAGUCUAAGAAGUACAAGAUUUCGAAGAAGGGUGCUCUCCGCAUCACCUCUCUCUCGCUCCGCGACCACGGCGUGUACACGUGCGUGGCGGGCCGCUCGAGCGCCAACCUUACGCUGUUGGUCAAGCCACGGCCUGGCGAGUUCCCGUCCAGCGAGGAGAUAGAACGGCACAAGGCGCUGGAUGAACCGUCGUCCCCUUUAGCUGACAGCCGCGCGGAUGGUCGGUACCGCGCUAUGAUUGGCAGCGCAUCCGACGACCAGUCCCAUGAGCAGCGCCCGGGGGACCAAAAGAAGACCUAUAAGAACCGCUCCCGGGGUAAAAUAGACAAAGUGAGAGACGCCCUGUAUGGAAACACAGCUACCACGAGCACCAAAGCAGCUCCCAGCUAUAAUUCGCAAGCCAGAGACAUCUACGAUGAGAAUGAGGAGAGUGCUAUAUCCUCGCAGAUACUCCCCCCGAAGCGCAACAGUGCCAACCGACUGCUACCCUGCCUACAUUACUUAGUAAUGCAAUUCCAGAUGUUUUGGAAUUUCCAGACUUUCGGCAACUCCAGGGGACAGAGGAUGGUAGACCCCAUAAUAAUGUAUCAGAACUACGGCGUUCCUUCCAAAACCAGAGUGAUCAAUCUCGAAGAUAAGCAGAUAGUGUUCCCCGAAGAUGAUGAUUCUGAUAUCAUUAUAGUCAAUGAAGAUUACAAUAGAAAUGAUGAUUAUAAUAGAAAUACAAUUGAAGAUACUACAUCUCAGGAAUUAAAAGAAGUUAAUGAUAUUGAGACAACUACAGAUCACAGGAUGAACCAGUACUUGGACGCACACGAGUAUGAGUGGAUGACCACAGACUGGUCACCAUGCAACGCGCCCUGUGGUCAGACUGGCCAUGAAGUCAGAGGGGCUGUGUGCCAGCACAAGAAGAGCAAUUCCACCACCACGGUGGAGACCGACGAGUGCACGUCCCGGGGCAUUACACCUCCUACGGUGCUACGUCCUUGUCAGAGCAAUAGCUGUGCUAGCUGGAGGACUAGCGCAUGGUCACCCAUCCGGUGCUUGGCCAGCGGGACUGCGGUAAGCAGACGCAAAGUGGAGUGUGUGAGCGAGAACGGGACUAUACAGGCCGACACCAGCUGUGAGUACAGCGCGCGGCCUGAGAAGACCCGGCGCGAGGCCACGCCCUGCAGGCCGGCCUGGUCUGUCGGGCCUUGGAGCAAGUGCGUAGGCGCAUGCGGCAGCCCAGGCCGCCAGCACCGCGUGCUUCGCUGCGUGUGGCGCGCGCGCACCCGCCGCGGAAAGGAGCGCGGGGCGGGGGCGGCGUGCGCGCGCAUGCGGCGGCCAUUAGUAGCACGCGCUUGUGACGUGCACGCGUGCGUCAAUAAAGACGGGGUGUGCCGAGACACAUCGCGAUACUGCGAGAAUGUGCGCGCCAUGAACAUGUGUGCCCUCCGGCGCUACAAGGAGCAAUGUUGCAAAACUUGCACGGAAUAAAACUACCCGCAAUGAACUCUAAGUCAAAGGAGCAAGGGUGAGUUUGCAAUACAUUCCGUGGUAAGACGCAAGGGAAAAUGGACUGUUAAGGAAUUGCAAUUGAGUUUUGUGCAGCGUGACGUGAUAUAGUGUUCAAGUGAUCUGGAGUGUCUGAUGAUUUUAAAUUCGGAUUGGGAUCGUUUAUUCUAUGGUGAGUUUAUACUAGAGCGUUUCUAUGUAAUGUAAUCUUACGAAUGGUACUAUACAGAUAAAUGGUAGGUACUACGUUUCAUUCAUGAAACGAUGACACAAACUGAUACUAGAACAUUUUCAUACAGCGACUCAUUGUUCUGUUACAAGUGAAUGCUCUAGUCCACAUUCACCUUUAUGUUUGACGUGAUAUAAUUCAGUAGCAAAAGUUUGAAUUUGAAACUUAAAUAAAACUAGAUAGAGGCUAUUUUUGAAUGGGAACCAUAAACGAUUCCAAUAAAGAUCUGAGGAUUAGAUUAAUAAUUUCAUUGUUUUAUGUUUGUGUUGAAAUUGAUGGAAAUAGAUCAAUAUUUU